UCAAAACACGGAUAGUUGUAAAAAUGUUAUCUACGUAAACAAUUUUAUAUUUUAGUGUAUUUAUUUUUUAAUUUAAAAUGGUUUUAAAGCGAACAAAAGGUUACCAAGACAUAGACGAAAAUAAUGGAUCUCUUCCAGCUACCAGUGCAAGUACAGAUACAGCCCAUAUACCACAAGAAAUUGAAAUGGGCUCAGUUUCUGUUGUACCUGAUGAUACUUUUACUGUGACACAAGCUGUGAAUGCCCUAGGAUUUGGUUGGUUUCAAGUUAAGCUGUCUUUGUGGACUGGGCUUUGCUGGAUGGCUGACAGUAUGGAGAUGACAAUACUUUCAAUUCUUUCACCUGCUCUACAUUGUGAUUGGCAGAUAUCCAGGUAUCAGCAAGCGUUAACUACUACUGUUGUAUUUUUGGGAAUGAUGUUAUCAUCAACGUUUUGGGGAAACUUAAGUGAUAGAUAUGGCAGAAAACAUGCUUUGACCUUAUGUGCUAUACUCCUUUUUUAUUAUGGAUUACUAAGUGCAGCAGCACCAAGUUUUAUGUGGAUUCUACUAUUACGAGGACUUGUUGGUUUUGCUAUUGGCUGCACACCUCAAUCUGUUACUUUGUAUGCCGAAUUUUUACCGACAAAGCAGAGAGCCAAAUGUGUCGUGUUGCUUGAUUGUUUUUGGGCGUUAGGUGCAUGCUUUGAAGUUGCUCUAGCGUUAGUUAUAAUGCCCACGUUAGGCUGGCAUUGGCUUCUAGCUUUAUCCACGGGGCCAUUACUCGCCUUCGCAAUAAUAUGUCCAUGGUUACCAGAAUCUGCAAGGUAUCACGUCGCCAGUGGCCAGACUGACAAAGCCUUAGAAACAUUGGAGAAGAUAGCGAAAGAUAACGGCAAACCCAUGCUGCUCGGUAGAUUAGUCGUUGAUGAUUCAUUCACGUCUUCUUUACAUAGAGGAAGGUUUAAGGAUUUACUGGUACCUUCUUUGAGGAAGACAUCGCUCUUAUUGUGGUUUAUUUGGAUGGCCUGUGCUUUUUGUUAUUAUGGUCUUGUUCUGAUGACGACGGAGUUAUUCGAAACUUCGGCAAGCUUGUGUUCUGCCCGAACGAGGCCGGCGCAGUCAGUAGAUACUUGCGCAGCAGAAUGCAGAGAGCUGCAAACCACUGAUUAUAUGGAUCUAUUGUGGACCACUUUAGCAGAAUUUCCAGGAAUAUUCAUCACAAUAGCGAUUAUAGAACGGUUUGGGAGAAAGAAAACUAUGGCUGUACAAUUUGUGGCCUAUGCAGUCUGUUGCUGUUUCCUUGUGCUAUGUACUGAAACGCGAGCUUUUCUCACGACAAUGUUAUUUUUCGCAAGAGGCAUAAUAGCUGGCGUUUUUCAAGCUGCGUAUGUCUAUACACCAGAAGUAUACCCUACGUCUUUACGUGCUGUUGGUGUGGGAUCUUGUAGCGCGAUGGCUAGGUUGGGAGCUAUGGUGACACCGUACGUAGCUCAGGUGUUGUUGAAAUCAUCAAUUUCAUUUUCAACCACGAUAUACUCCACGGCAGCCAUAUUGGCCGCUAUAGCUUGUCUUCUACUACCGAUCGAAACUAGAGGCAAGGAAUUGACGGAAAACGUGCAACAACAAGCGAAUUCCGUGUCAAAUAAUCAGUGAUAUUAAAAAAGGCUAAAUAGCAAGUGUACAACAGAUAAUUUAUUGAAAAAUUUUUUGUUGGUAAAAAUUACUAUCUAUAUAUUCUACUUCAUAUAAGAAUACAUAAGAAUACAAAUGAAAACGCAUUCCACUCAAGCUUGAAGCUCAAGGUUCAGGCUUGAUAGGCGGGAAAAGGUUCUAGUUAGUAGGUUUGGCUUGCACUGGCGGAUCCAGGAGGGGUGUCACGGGGGUCAUGACCCCCCCCCCCAUAAUUGUAUACCCACGUAUCCUAGGGUUGGUAAGACUAAGUGACCUUGCAUCAGAGAUAGGUAAUUAAAUCACCCUCAAGACCCAUGACCCCCCCCAAACAAAAUUUCUGGAUCCGUCACUGUUGGCUUGUGGGGAGCUUGUUUCUUUUUCUUCCGUUUGUUUGGCCUUAGCUACCAGGGCUAACGAAUCGGGAUCUGUGUAAUUUACUGAUUCUUCAAGAGCCAUUAGGCUCUGAAUCUGGGCUUAAGCUCAUAGCUUCGGAAUCUGCAACAAUAAUUAAAGGAGAAAAAAUAAAAAUUAAUUGUUUAUAAGUUAUUUCACAUAAGUUCUAUUAUUAAUUGUCCAGUACAAACCUGCUAGUUUGAUUGUUAUCGUAUAACUUGAAAUGAAGAACAUACUUUUAAAUAAUAUUCAGCAAAUUUCUCGUUCUGCACUUGCUAUAUUAAAUAAAUCGUUAAGGCAAGCAUUUUCAAAUAAAUAUAUUUCAGUGGUAAUACUAUUUUAAAGAAUAUUGAUAAGAAUUUCACCUUAUGUGGCAAACAGGUAGGUCAAGUGGAUAAUAGUUUAUCUAUCAACAGAAAAUUAACUGAUUUUAUUAACCCUAAAGGUGACAGUUUUCCAAAAAUCCCCCUCUCCCCCUCCCCCCAUGAAACUAUUUUCACUGUGCAUUAAUUUCACUUUUUAGGUCAAUAUAGUAUAUAGUAUAGUAUAUUCAUUCGUGAAAAUACAAUUUUCGAUUUACGAUUCUUGUAAUUUUCGAAAGAUUUUUGUGAUUUUGAUAUACGAUUUUUGUGAUUUUCGAUAUACGAUUUUUGUGACUUUCGGUAUACGAUUUUUGUGAUUUUCAAUAUACGAUUUUUGUGAUUUUGAAUAUAAGAGUUUUGUGAUUUUCUAUUUUCAUGUAAAGUGCUUCUGGACAUUCUUAAUUAAUUUAAAUUGGUGUUUCUGGACUUCAGCAUCACCACUACGAUGUUUUGGAUUCAACAACUUAUUAAGAACGAUCAGAGUAUCUGAGAUCACUAUACUACAAUCACAAUAAAGAUGCACUAGAAAUAAACAAAACAAGACACGUUGAUUGUUACGGGGAGCACUUCCAAAUCAUGAUUUACAAAGUUUAUACAUUGUAAUUGAUGAUUCGGGUGUGCUCCUCAUAACAUUCAACGUGUCUUGGUUCUAGUGCAUCAACGGUUCUAGUGCAUCUUUAUUGUGAUUUUAGUAUAACUGAUUCAAUCUCCCUAAAUUUGUUUACUAAUCUCUUUAAAAUAAAUUAUUACAACGUCAGUUGCCAGAGGUUUAUCAGUUUCAAUGUUUUGCUCAACAAUGAAAACGAGAUGUUCAUUAUUGAAGCAUUACAUUUUUUAAUACCUAGAGAUGCCAGGUGUCACCCGUCGUUAUUUUUUAAGUUGUUAACCAGAUAAAGGGUACCAAAUAACGUGAAUUUUGCAGAAUUUUAUAUGUAGAUGCAAGCUGAUAGAAAACAAUAGGACCCCAUACACGAGCGGAUAAUCCGUACAUAUCAGAUACGUACAGAUUUAAUGCGAAAAAUCUAGUUCGGACGAACCAAUUUAAGCUCAUUUAAGCACCUAUUAAACCUUGUUGAGGGGCAUUUCAGAAAACAAAAUACAGUAAUGCGGGAAGCAAUUCCUGUUGACGAACGACUUAUAGGGCUUUUCAUUCACAGUCAUUUGUUUCGAGCCUCUGUCAUAUGUCGUAUAAUCCGUGUAUAUUAAUAUUAUACACAGAUUAUACAACAUAUGACAGAAGCUCGAAACAAAUGACAUUCGAUGAAAAGCCCUAUUCAGAUCGUAUGAAAAGUUGAAAUGUUUAACUUGGUAAUCCCUUUUGUCCACUCUUCCAUAGUAACUCGAAACUCAUAUUCCUCGUAUUUGAACGGCUGGCUCGUCUCAAGCCUACUAAAGGCGCAUUUAAAUCAAAGCGAACACGAACGAAGGAACGAAUUCGUAGGUGUUCGCUUGGCUAUUCGUUCGCUACAAAGUAGGGCCAUUUACAUUGAAGCGAACUUUCGCAUUCGUUGAUGAUCGGGAGUGCAUAUUGCCCGCAGAUGUAUUUAAGAUGGGCCAGUCACACAUUGUGUUUAAAUUUAUUGUCGUGUUUCUUGUUGGGUAAAUUUUAAUACAAUAAUAGCUUAUAAAAUGCAAUGUGUGUUCUGUAAGGAAAAAAUAUGUCAUAUUCAUAAUAUAAGUACAUAUAAAUUUUGAUACGACUUCAAUAAUUUCAUUUUGUCCUGUCUCCAUUCUAUAAUUAUUUAAUUUAAAAAAAUUUGAUUUUAAUAAUUAAAAUAAAAUAAAAAUUAAAACAAAAUCAAUGGGAAAGUCCCCGUAGCUGGCUGUAUACCAUAGUUAAAAAACCAUACUGAAGUAAAAACUUCUUUUGUAUAUUGGUAUAAAAAGUUUUAUUAAAAAACAUAAAAGUCCUCCAAAAGGAUUUGCAAAACGUUUUCAAUCUGAAUCAGAUCAUCCUCAGUGCCUAGAACGAAGUAUUUCCACGUUAAAAUG